UUCACCUGGGAGCUCGCGGUCAGAAAAGGACACGUUCUCGAGGCUCACCACGGGGCGGUACGCCAUCAUCGCCAUCCAAGCUACGACGGUGCCCCAGUGAGAUACGUCGGUGUUGUCUGCACAAUUUUCGGGCGAAGGAGCGCGUUUGGCUGGAACACUACCGUGGGCUGGGUCUUCACCGCGGUAUGCAUCGGCUGGGCAACGGGGAUACCCAUGCUGCUGAUGGGCAAAGUCGGAAGGGAAGGCGAGGUUCUCAGGCAGGAGUUUGGGGCACAGUGGGAGGCGUAUGCAAAGCGGGUACCAGACAAGCUGUGUCCCUUCAUUUUCUAA